GCAAAGUACGCGAUGUUCUUUGAAGACAACCUCAAUGACACGCUCGAGGACGAAUCCCUCCUCCACGACGGCGACGGCCCGGUGCAGCCGCUGUCCCAAGCCAGCGACGGUGGCGCCUCCUCCGGUGCCCCCUCGCUGGGCCGCAGCGGCACCUCCUUACCCUUCGACGGCAGCUUCUUGAGCGGCGUCGCGGCCACGCCGAUCGGCAAUGGGUCGGGCGUCCCCAACACCGCCGCCGCCGCCAUCCAGCUGCUCAUGGAGGCGACGUCCAACGAGCGCUUCAGCCCUGAAGUUCUCCCCUACCCCGCGUCCACCGUGAACGCCGUGACGGGGCUUCUGCGCACGAUGCAGCAGCGCGUGGCCCGCCGCGUCGAGGAGGAGAAGCGGACCCAGGCGCGCUCCCUUCUGCCGUUUCGCCCCUCGGACAUUAUGCACCUGGAGCUGCAGCGCAUUCAGUUUUUCCUGUGCGAGCUGCUGCGGUGCCGUCUGCGGAAGAUCAACCAGCUUUGCUUGUCUCUGUGGUAUGAGGGACAGGCUGCGCAGCAGCGGCAGCGGCGCUCCGCGACGGCCGCGGCGGAGGAUGAAGAGGGGACGGCGGCUGCGGCUGCGUCUUCGUCGCUGCUGCCGGAGGUGUCCGUGCCGCAACGCCGUAACUUGUCGCCGCGUGAGGUCUUCGUGGCGGAUCGCCUUGCGGAGACGGUGCACAGGGCUGUGCUGGAGUCCGGGCUGCAGUCUGCCCCGGCGCCGCUGCAGCACCUCGUGCCCCACCCGCCGGACGCGGAAGGGCUGGAGGUGUUGUCGGAGCCCAACUUGGGCGCCUACGUCUUCGGCGUCGCGUUGGAAGACCUGGGUGUCGUGAACCUUGGCGAGGGCGUGCAGGACGCGUCGCGUGCGAUUAAUGCGGGAGAGCUCUUCUUGACGCCCUAUCACAACUUCCGCCCUUUUGUGAUGUCAGGGCAGGUUCGGUUGGUGUAA